UCAACUGUCAAAGAAAAACUGCCAACAAAGUCGGCUGCUGGCAGCUGAUAACCUGAAAGCUGAACGCUAAAAAAUAAACAAUGGAACAAACCCCUGGAGAAAUGAUAAAAGUGUACACAAAAUGUAUGAAUUUUGCCGCCGAAAAGCAUCGUAUGCAACGGCGUCUUGAUCCUGAGGAAACGCCGUACAUCAACCAUCCGAUCGGUGUUGCCUACAUUCUCACCGAGGCGGGUAUAACUGAUCUGGAAGUUCUGCAAGCUGCCCUCCUGCACGAUACGGUCGAAGAUACGGACACAACGUUCGAGGAAAUUGAAUCCUUGUUCGGUCCGAACGUUCGUUCCAUUGUGCAGGAAGUAACGGAUGAUAAAACGCUACCAAAACAGCAGCGUAAACAGCUGCAGAUUGAACGUGCCGCUAGCAAGAGCCACCAGGCAAAGCUGGUGAAACUAGCUGACAAAAUUUACAAUUUGCGCGAUCUCCAAUGCCGCAAGCCCGAGCUCUGGACUGACGAACGGUGCCGGGAAUAUUUUCACUGGGCAAAACAAGUUUGCAACAAUCUGAAGGGAACGAACGCAAAGUUGGAAUCUAUUUUGGAUGAUAUAUUUCGGCAGGAGAAUGUCAAUUAAAAUACAUUGUUCUACUUAACUUAUAGCGAACAGCGUACCGUACGAAAGCGGCACGACAAUAUGCAUUGAUCGCUGCACUUAAAGAGUUUUUAAGCUUUCUGGUGCUUCUUCAAAAACUCCAGCAUGUACUGUUGCAGGGCCGUUGCUUCCUCGACCGUUACCGCGUUGUACAGGGACGCACGUAUACCACCGACCGAUCGGUGUCCUUUCAGCUGUUGCAUGCCUAGCGCUUCGGCACCUUUUAGGAAUUGUUUUUCUAGCUCCUCGUCUCCGCUUGCACCGCCGAUGCGGAACGGUACGUUCAUCCGACUGCGCACCUUUUUAUCGACCGGACAGUAAUAGAACCCGCUGGACUUGGCAAUCACGUCGUAUAUCAAUUCAGAUUUUACCAGCGAUUGGCGGUACAUCUCAUCCACGCCACCGUUUCGUUUGAUCCAAGCAAAAACACGUCCCAUCACGUAGAUGCUGUCGAACACGAACGGCGUGGAAUAAUAAGAAAAGUUAACAGACAAGCGAUAAGAAUGUGGACGAAACAGGCAUAGACACCGUGUUUUGUUGAUGGUACCAGAUUAAUAUGGCAACAACUGAGUUAUUGUCUGUGGAACGAAAAAAAACACAAAACGGGAACACUACGGGGAAUACUCACAUAAAUGUAGGCGGCGUGUUACUAAUUGAAUUCGCUUUAGAAAUGAUUGCAAAGUCGAAAAUGGUUGGAGUGAUUGGCAUUGCUUGACCGAUCAGAUCUUCCCGCACUAUCACCAACGUAAUGCCGGACGGGCCGAUGUUCUUCUGCGCACAUGCGAAUAUGACGCCAAACUGUUGAAGCAAACAAAUAAGAAACAAUGUACGCUUAUCGAGAAAGUAGAACCCAAACCGGGUUUGAAUUAAGAA